AUGUCACUUGCUACCGAGACAACGCCUCUCUCAUCCCCCUCUCCAAUUGGAGAGAUGAAGGGGAAAGAAGCUGUUAUGGAGGCGUUGGAGGAUAUAACGUUUGGUUCUAUCGCUGGUAUCGCUGGCAAGUAUAUCGAAUAUCCAUUCGACACGGUGAAAGUUCGCCUACAAUCACAGCCAGACCACCUACCACUACGAUAUAGAGGACCAGUUGAUUGCUUCAAGCAGGGCCUUCGAAGCGAUGGGAUAAUCGGGCUCUAUCGCGGCAUAAGUGCUCCGCUUGUUGGGGCAGCUCUAGAGACCAGUAGUCUGUUUUUUUGGGAACGCGUUGGACGAGAAGUAGCAUUUUCAGCUGGUCUAUACAAUCGGGAAAAGCCACUUCCUUUGUCGGCUUUAUUUCUCACGGGUGCAUUUGCUGGAGCUUUUACUUCUCUUGUCCUCACUCCAGUCGAGCUCGUCAAGUGCAGGAUCCAAGUACCAGCAACAGCCAGCACGGAUGGAAUGGUACACAAAGCUCCCACACCAUUGUCUGUCAUUCGAGAAGUGUUUCGUCACCAUGGGUUGAGAGGCUUUUGGAAUGGUCAAAUGGGAACCUUGAUUCGAGAAACUGGUGGUUCUGCAGCAUGGUUCGGCAGCAAGGAGACCGUGACUCUCCUGUUUCAUAAAUGGAACGCCAAAUCAAGCCAGAACUCUGCAGCAAGCAGCACAGAACUAUUACCACUUCCUCUGUGGCAGCAAGCAAUAGCUGGUGCUACAGCAGGGAUGUCAUACAACUUUCUGUUCUACCCAGCGGACACGGUAAAAUCUCGAAUGCAAACCAGCUCUGUCACUCCAGGUUCUUUAUCACCUUCUUUCUCACAAGAGGCUGCCACACUAUGGAAACAAUACGGAUUAAAAGGACUGUAUAGGGGUUGCGGCAUGACGGUUGCGAGGAGCGCCCCAAGUUCAGCAUUCAUCUUUAUCAUUUUUGACGCUUUGAAAGGGUAUUUUCACAUCAGUUGA